CUGUGUGAAGAGCUGAGAAAGAUGGAGGGCUGUCUAACAAUCAUUCUUCUGUCCUCUAUAGUUAGGUUCACCACAGCUGGCAGAUUCAGGCUGGUUGGUGGCAGUAAUUCUUGUGCUGGUAGGGUAGAGAUAUAUUAUAAUGGAGAAUGGGGAACCGUGUGUGCUGAUUAUUGGGACUUAAGAGGUGCAUCAGUGUUGUGCAGAGAUCUGGGCUGUGACGGUAAUUUAGGUACAAUGCAUCUUGCUCGCUUUGGACCGGGAUCAGGAAAAAUCUGGACGUAUAAUGUGCAAUGUAGUGGAUCCGAAUCCACACCAAUGGAAUGCAGAGGAAUGCUAAUGGAAGCAAAAAAUUGUAAUCACAAUGAAGAUCCUGGAAUUAUCUGUUCAGGAGUCAGGCUGGUUGGAGGUUCUCGUUGUUCUGGAAGAGUAGAGGUGCCUCAUGGAAAUACCUGGAAGUCAGUGUGUGAUGCUGCGUUUGAUGAUCAGGAUGCAGAGGUUGUGUGUAGAGAGAUGGGCUGUGGACCUCCUGUACAGCUGCUGGGAGCAGAUGCUUUUGGUGAAGGAGAGGGACCCGUUUGGACACAAGACAUUCAAUGUAGAGGAAACGAAUAUCAGUUUGAUCUUUGUCCAACAUCACCUUCAAACAUCAAUUGUUCCCAUGAAAAUGAUGUUGGCAUUGUAUGUGCCGAAACAGUGAGAUUAGUAGAUGGUGGCAGUCGCUGUGCUGGUCGAGUGGAGGUUCUUCAUGAUGGUCAGUGGGGAACAGUGAGUCAUGAUGGUUGGGAUCUGACAGAUGCUGCAGUGGUGUGUAGAGAGCUGGGCUGUGGAGAGGCUGUAGAAGCACCAACACAUGCUUAUUUUGGGGAAGGUAAAGGGCCAGUCUGGAGUAAUAAUGUACGCUGCACUGGACAAGAGCCUGCACUGAUACACUGUGAAACAAACAGAUGGCGGAUACAGAGUGGUAAUCAUGCAAAUGAUGUUGGGAUCAUCUGCUCUGCAAUCAGACUGGUUGGAAGUUCUCACUGUUCUGGGAGAGUAGAGAUGCAUCGUGGAGACAUCUGGAUGUCAGUGUGUGAUGCUGCGUUUGAUGAUCAGGAUGCAGAGGUUGUGUGUAGAGAGCUGAACUGUGGGGUUCCUGUACAGCGGCUGGGAGCAGAUGCUUUUGGUGAAGGAGAGGGACCCGUGUGGACACAAGACAUUCAAUGUAGAGGAAAUGAGUCUCAAUUAUUAUUUUGUCCACAACACUUCACAAAGUCUUCAAAAGUCUUCAACUGUUCUCAUGACAAUGAUGUGGGACUGAUUUGCUCUGGUUACACAGCACUCAGACUUGUGAACGGUCCUGAUUUCUGUUCUGGUCGAGUUGAGCGUCAGUAUUUCACCGAGUGGGGCACAGUGUGUGAUGGGUGCAUGAAUAUGAGAGCUGCCAGUGUUGUCUGCAGACAGAUGAAUUGUGGGAUUGCUGUGUCUGUUGUGGGAGUGGACUGGUUUGGAGAGGGAUCUGGUGAAAUCUGGGCUGAUGUGUUUGAUUGUCAGGGGAAUGAAACACAACUCUCACAAUGUUCAAUCUCUUCAUGGAGUCGAGCUGAAUACUCUCAUGAACAAGAUGUUGGAGUCAUUUGUUCUAAUUCCUCUCUGGCUCUUCAUGAUGGUGGUGUGAGGUUGUCUGGAGAGAGAGACUGUGAGGGGGAGCUGGAAGUUUACAUUGAUCAGGUCUGGAGGAGAGUUCUGCUGGACUCAUGGAGUGUCACUGAAUCCUCUGUGGUCUGCAGACAGCUGGGCUGUGGCUCUGUGCUGAACUUCUCUGGCUCCUCUUCAUCCAGCGCUGAACACAGUCAUGAGUGUGUGAUGGGCUUCAAGUGCUCUGGGACUGAACAUCAUCUGAGGAACUGCAGCAGCUCUCCACAAACUCUCAACUGCAGCUCCACACAACACCUGUCAAUCACCUGCCUUGGUCAGAAUGACAGAUCCAUCAGGUUGGUGGGUUCUGGUGGAGAUUGUGCAGGGAGGCUGGAGGUUUUUCACAAAGGCUCAUGGGGGACAGUGUGUGAUGACUCCUGGGAUAUUAAAGAUGCUCAUGUGGUGUGCAGACAGCUGCAGUGUGGAGUGGCUCUCAGUGAUCAGCCAGUACCAGCCUGGUUUGGUCCUGGUUCUGGACUCAUAUGGCUGGAUGAUGUGAACUGUGAGGGGAAUGAGACGUCUCUGUGGAACUGCUCUUCACGGGUCUGGGGAGAUCAUGACUGUAAACACAAGGAGGAUGUAGGAGUCGUGUGCUCAGAGUUUAAAGAGCUCAGGUUAAGUGAAGGCUGUGAAGGGAAUGUGGAGGUUUUCUACAAUGGAUCCUGGGGUAAUGUUUGCUACAAUCAGAUGAACAGAAACACAGCGAGUCUGAUCUGUCAAGAGCUCAACUGUGGAAGAUCUGUCGGUGAACCCAGUUAUUCAGAUGGACUGAGGUCUCAAAAUUGGUUGAAUGAACUGAAAUGUCGAUCACAUGAUUCCACCUUAUGGCAGUGUCCAUCUUCACCCUGGGCACCGAACGACUGCAAUGAAGAUGAAGUGGCCAAAAUUACCUGCUCAGAGAAGGAGAUUCAUGAAGUUCCUCGGAGUCGUCUGAAAUGUUCUACCUCACCAUCUCCUCACCAGAGACAAUGUUCGAGUCAUGUUCCUCUCAGACUGAGUGGAGGUAAAGGCAGGUGUUCUGGGAGGCUGGAGGUGUAUCAUAACUCUGAGUGGGGUUCAGUCUGUGAUGAUCUGUGGGACAUCAGAGAUGCUCAGGUGGUCUGCAGGCAGCUGGGUUGUGGAGCAGCAUUGAGUGCUGAUGGGAAUGAAGCGUUUGGUGCUGGUGAAGGUGUUGUGUGGCUGAACAGAGUCGAGUGCAGAGGGACUGAGAUUCACCUGUGGGACUGUCCUCACGUCCUGAAUAACCACACUGACUGCUCACGCAAAGAACGCGUUAGACUCAUCUGUGCAGAUUUGUCUGUGUCCACAACAACAACAGCUUCUCCUUCAGUUUCUCAGACUAGCAGGAGAGCAGUGCCAUCAACAACAGUGACUCCUCCUCAAACUCCUCCAGCAGCGUCUCUCUUCAUUCCCCCAGUGGUUGUGAUUGUUCUGGGAGUUUUGCUCUUACUGCUCUUAGUGCCGCUGCUGAUACUGAUUCAACACAACAGAGUGAUGAGGAGAGCUCUCUCUAAGAGGAGACACGUGGCUAAGACUGAGGCAGUUUAUGAAGAGAUUGAUCACAGACACACAAACAGACACAAACACUUCACACAGAGAGGGAGUCUCAUCUCUGAAAAACAGCAUUCUGAAGAUGCUGAUGAAUCUUUCUCAGAAUGUGACAAUGAAGUUACUAACAGCAGCGGAAUUAAAGGAGAACAGACAGGAAACUCAGGAUACUAUAAUGAUGUCAACACUGAUGGACUGACCGUAGAUCAUGAAACAGCAGAUGCUUCAGAACAUUAUGAUGACGUUGUCAUUAUUAGACAGAACGUUCAAGGUAUAAAUGAGGAAGAUCAGGAGUAUGAUGAUGUGAAGAACAUCAGUGCAAGCAGACUUUGUGAAGAGUUGAAGAAGAUGAAGAUCUGUCUAACACUCAUUCUUCUGUCCUCUAUAGCCAGAUUAUCCACAGCUGGUAGAGUGAAACUGGUUGGUGGCAGUAAUUCUUGUGCUGGUAGGGUGGAGGUUUAUUAUAAAGGAGAAUGGGGAACAGUGUGUGAUGAUUAUUGGGACUUAACCGCAGCAUCAGUGUUGUGCAGAGAGCUGGGCUGUGACAGUAAUUUAGAUACAGUACAUCUUGCGUAUUUUGGACCGGGAUCAGGAAAAAUCUGGAAGGAUAAUGUAGAAUGUAGUGGAUCAGAGACCACAAUACUGAGCUGCAGUUCAAAAAAACUGGGUGAUCAUAAUUGUAAACACAAUGAAGAUGCCGGAGUUAUCUGUUCAGGAGUCAGGCUGGUUGGAGGUUCUCGCUGUUCUGGGAGAGUAGAGAUGCCUCAUGGAAACACCUGGAUGUCAGUGUGUGAUGCUGCGUUUGAUGAUCAGGAUGCAGAGGUUGUGUGUAGAGAGAUGGGCUGUGGACCUCCUGUACAGCGGCUGGGAGCAGAUGCUUUUGGUAAAGGAGAGGGACCCGUGUGGACACAAAAGAUUUCAUGUAAAGGAAAUGAAUAUCAAUUUGCUCUUUGUCCAGCAUCACCUUCACGCAUCAAUUGUUCCCAUGAAAAUGAUGUUGGCAUUGUAUGUGCCGAAACACUGAGAUUAGGUGGUACCAGUCGUUGUGCUGGUCGAGUGGAGGUUCUUCAUGAUGGUCAGUGGGGAACAGUGAGUCAUGAUGGUUGGGAUCUGGAAGAUGCUGCAGUGGUGUGUAGAGAGCUAAAUUGUGGAGAUGCUUUAGAAGCACCAACACAUGCCCGUUUUGGACAAGGGAAAGGGCCAAUCUGGAUUAAUAAUGUACUGUGCUCUGGAUCAGAAUCUGCACUGACAAACUGCCAAUCAAAUAAAUGGCUUAAAAAUGGUAGAAAACAUGCUAAUGAUGCUGGAGUCAUCUGCUCUGCUGUCAAACUGGUUGGAGGUUCUCGCUGUACUGGGAGAGUAGAGAUGCCUCAUGGAGACACCUGGAUGUCAGUGUGUGAUGCUGCGUUUGAUGAUCAGGAUGCAGAGGUUGUGUGUAGAGAGCUGAACUGUGGGGUUCCUGUACAGCGGCUGAGAGCAGAUGCUUUUGGUGAAGGAGAGGGACCCGUGUGGACACAAGACAUUCAAUGCACUCAUGAAGAGUCUUAUAUUUCACUGUGUCCAUUAUCACCUUCUCCUAAAGACAACUGCACCCAUGAGAAUGAUGUGGGACUGAAAUGUUCUGGCUACACUGACCUCAGACUGGUGAACGGCUCUGAUAUCUGUUCUGGUCGAGUUGAGCGUCAGUAUUUCACCGAGUGGGGCACAGUGUGUGAUGGGUGCAUGAAUAUGAGAGCUGCCAGUGUUGUCUGCAGACAGAUGAAUUGUGGGAUUGCUGUGUCUGUUGUGGGAGUGGACUGGUUUGGAGAGGGAUCUGGUGAAAUCUGGGCUGAUGUGUUUGAUUGUCAGGGGAAUGAAACACAACUCUCACAAUGUUCAAUCUCUUCAUGGAGUCGAGCUGAAUACUCUCAUGAACAAGAUGUUGGAGUCAUUUGUUCUAAUUCCUCUCUGGCUCUUCAUGAUGGUGGUGUGAGGUUGUCUGGAGAGAGAGACUGUGAGGGGGAGCUGGAAGUUUACAUUGAUCAGGUCUGGAGGAGAGUUCUGCUGGACUCAUGGAGUGUCACUGAAUCCUCUGUGGUCUGCAGACAGCUGGGCUGUGGCUCUGUGCUGAACUUCUCUGGCUCCUCUUCAUCCAGCGCUGAACACAGUCAUGAGUGUGUGAUGGGCUUCAAGUGCUCUGGGACUGAACAUCAUCUGAGGAACUGCAGCAGCUCUCCACAAACUCUCAACUGCAGCUCCACACAACACCUGUCAAUCACCUGCCUUGGUGAGAGGUGGAUCAGGUUGGUGGGUUCUGGUGGAGAUUGUGUAGGGAGGCUGGAGGUUUUUCACAAAGGCUCAUGGGGGACAGUGUGUGAUGACUCCUGGGAUAUUAAAGAUGCUCAUGUGGUGUGCAGACAGCUGCAGUGUGGAGUGGCUCUCAGUGAUCAGCCAGUACCAGCCUGGUUUGGUCCUGGUUCUGGACUCAUAUGGCUGGAUGAUGUGAACUGUGAGGGGAAUGAGACGUCUCUGUGGAACUGCUCUUCACGGGUCUGGGGAGAUCAUGACUGUAACCACAAGGAGGAUGUAGGAGUCGUGUGUUCAGAGUUUAAAGAGAUCAGGUUAAGUGAAGGCUGUGAAGGGAAUGUGGAGGUUUUCUACAAUGGAUCCUGGGGUAAUGUGUGCUGGAAUCAGAUGAACAGAGACACAGCGAGUCUGAUCUGUCAAGAGCUCAACUGUGGAAGAUCUGGUGUUCUGUCUGCUUCUACAUCAAGAGUGUCAUCAGCUCAUAACUGGCUGGAUAAUGUUGAAUGUCGACCACAUGACUCAAAUAUAUGGCAGUGUAUAUCUUCCCCGUGGGGAGAGAAUGACUGCAGUCAAAAUGAGGUGGCUCAUAUCACAUGCUCUGAGAAGGUGGUUCGUGAACUUCCUCGGAGUCGUCUGACAUGUUCUACCUCACCAUCUCCUCACCAGAUACAAUGUUCAAGUCAUGUUCCUCUCAGACUGAGUGGAGGUAAAGGCAGGUGUUCUGGGAGGCUGGAGGUGUAUCAUAACUCUGAGUGGGGUUCAGUCUGUGAUGAUCUGUGGGACAUCAGAGAUGCUCAGGUGGUCUGCAGGCAGCUGGGUUGUGGAGCAGCAUUGAGUGCUGAUGGGAAUGAAGCGUUUGGUGCUGGUGAAGGUGUUGUGUGGCUGAACAGAGUCGAGUGCAGAGGGACUGAGAUUCACCUGUGGGACUGUCCUCACGUCCUGAAUAAACACACUGACUGCUCACACAAAGAACGUGUUGAACUCAUCUGUGCAGGUGAGAUGCUUUUGGUAAAGGAG